UCGGGCCAGAAAGCGACCGUGUCUGGGUGGAUGUAUUAUGCCCGCUUUGGGUGGAUGUAUUAUGCCCGCUUUGCUCGCUUGUUGGCGGCAGAAGCGCUCGGAGCCAUGGUGAAGAGAAAGAAGACGUCGCCCACUUCCGAAGAGCAGGAAAAUGGCAUGACACCGGGCUCCAGGGAGGACAUCGCCGUGGACGGCAGGACACAUCCGCCCAGAAGAGCCGAGGAGGAGAGCGAGGAUUGCGGCACAAAGGGAGACGAAGCCUCGGCUAAACUCAGCCCCGCUUCGAAGUCUCCACCCGGACCCGCUCCCACCCGCCCAGUCUCAGUCCCGGUCCCAGUCCCAGUCCCGGUCCCAGUCCCGGCCUCAGCGGAGUCCAGCACGCCGAGCCACGACCAGCACCAUUUCCUCCGCUCCAGCGUUCGACCUCCCAGCAAAAGGAUCCGGAAGGAUUCCGUGGGCUCGGCCAUCAACGGCCAUGGCGGGGCCAAAGCAAAAGGAGCAGAGAACGGGUCUUCCUCCCAAGGGGCAUUGGGACAGUCCGGACCGGUGGCCGGCUCUACGGGGGUGUCCAAGACCGCCAAGGGGCAAGGGUCUGUUGAGAAGGAGGAGCAAGCUGGGAACCAGAAGAGGGCCCGCCGGCAGUGGGAGUCUUGGAGCGCGGAGGACAAAAACAGCUUCUUCGAGGGUCUCUAUGAGCAUGGCAAGGAUUUUGAGGCUAUCCAGAACAACAUUGCAAUGAAGUACAGGAAAAGAGGAAAGCCGGCCAACAUGGUGAAGAACAAGGAACAGGUCCGCCACUUCUACUACCGCACCUGGCACAAGAUCUCCAAGCACAUCGACUUCGCCAAUGUGUACACCCGAGUGCUGAAGAAGUCCUCCCAGGAGCUGUAUGGGCUCAUCUGCUACGCCGAGCUACGCAAGAAAGUUGGAGGACUCAUGGAUGACAAGAAUGUGGCCAAGCUGAAUGAACUCAUCCAGCAAGGGGCAACCACUGUGCGCUCCAAAGGCAGGAACCUGCGUAUCAAAGCCCCCAUGUGCCGUGCCUUGAAGAAACUUUGUGACCCAGACGGAAUAAGUGACGAGGAGGACCAGAAGCCGGUGCGCUUACCACUGAAGGUGGCGGUGGAGCUUCAGCCGCGCAGCAACUACUCCUGGGCCCGCGUUCACAGUCUAGCGUACAACCCUCGCCUCAGGAUGGUGGUGGAACUUCACAGGAAGGUUUCCAGCCUCAUUGAAUUCCUGAAACAGAAGUGGGCCUAUCAUGACCAGAGGAUUAUGAAGAGUCUGCUAGAAAGGGAGGCUUUGGGGGAGGCUCCGCCCCCUCCAGACGAACUCUUUCUUUUCCCGGCUGAGAGCAGCACCCUGACCACGCUACCUGGGGUUUCCCGCGUGGUUCACUCCAAGGCCUCUUGCACGGUUCACUGGCAAGAAAGCGGCAAGACGCGGCCCAACGCCAAGGAGCUACCCACCGCUCAGAUCCUGGGAAUCCACACGGCCGCACCGCCACGGACCGGCACCAAAUCGGCACGAGGAACCCCAGGUUCAGUCUCGGUGACCCCGCAGAGUGACUGUCGUAAAACAGAGCCCCCUGGCGUUGAAACGUGGCCUGACGGUUCUGUUAAGGCGGAGGAGAAGAAGCCUUCCACUCUGUCGCCUUCUCAGCAGGCGGCCAUUCCCAGAGAGGAGGCGACCGGACUUUUUGAGGAGGCCGGUGGUGGCCUGGCCGGGACCAAAACCAUGGAUAACUUGUGUAGCGGUGCAGAGAGCUGCCUGGACCAAUGCAGGGAGGAGCAGGUCUCCUCCGGCCAAACUCCUCCAGCCAAGCUCUCCAUGGGCGGCCCAGAGGACGCCAAGGAGAGAAGUGUGCAGCAGAUCAGGGAGGAUGGCUGGAACGUCCGUGACGCAGAGAACGUGACGCUGGCAGAGCUCUACCUGAUGUUUGGCAAGCCUGGCAAGCUGCAGCUGGAGUACGAGUGGCAGUCGCUCGCACAUCCUCACCAAGACGGAGCAGUGUCCUCGCAGCCCAGACUACGCGGGAAACAACGCGUCUUAAGCUGCCUGCUGAGACUGGUCACCAGCGAGAUCAACCCCAAACCUUUGGCUCCAGAGCUGUGCUCCACAGCCACGUGUCCUCAGGAGGAGCACAGCCCUCCAGGAAAAGGUCCCAUGGCAGGCUUGCGCAGCCCCAACUGCGGCCGGCUGCAGGCAUCUGUCCGAGGGGGCAGGUUACACCAGCCAAACACCUCAGGUGCACGGAACCUUCCCCGCUCCCUGCUCUGCUCCUCGGCAGCGGCCAGCGACUCGGAAGGCAACGUGUUUGCAGUGCCCACCACCCUCCCCCCCAACAGUUCCCGCCACAACCGCAUGUUCUCCCCCAACAAGGAGGCGGAGCUGGCCUUGAGGCAGCAGCUGGACUCCAUCAGUAUGCAGUCUGAUCUUUUCCUGUCAAGACCAAGAAAACCUCGAAACAGACAACUCCGGAAGCCACUUGUCGUUCAGCGAACUCUUCUACCGCGAACCACGGGAGACACUCCUCAGCACGUCUGCUCCUUCUCCAUCCUCUCCAACUCCUCUGCCACAGGAACUGGCUCUUUCCGGCCAAUUCAGACGCGGCUGGCUCCUACCUCACGCCCUCCACCGUCCAUAUCUUCUUCUCCUGCAGGGACCAGCCAGCUGUCCAGUGCUAUCGACCUGGCAGCUAAGACGGCUGGCAUCAUCCCUGCCAGUCCUUGUCGGGGGCCACAUUCUCCCACGCUCAUCCCUGCCAGUCCUUGUCGGGGGCCACAUUCUCCCACGCUCAUCCCUGCCAGUCCUUGUCGGGGGCCACAUUCUCCCACGCCUAUCCCUGCCAGUCCUUGUCGUGGGCCACAUUCUCCCACGCUCAUCCCUGCCAGUCCUUGUCGUGGGCCACAUUCUCCCACGCUCAUCCCUGCCAGUCCUUGUCGGGGGCCACAUUCUCCCACGCCCAUGCUGCCCUCUGCACAGCUGCUGGAUGCUGAACAACACUUGCAGCACCCCCUGCUGGAGAAGGAUGUUCCUCCACCUUCUCCUGGCGUGAAGGAGGGCGGAGACUCACUCCUGGCUCCGCCCAGCGUGGCCUCGCUCUUGGACAUCUCUCUGCCCGGCCCCCCCGAGGAGUCUCUGCCCCCUGGAGAGAAUCAGAGCCACAUCAGCGACUCCAUCAUCGAGCUGGCCAUCAACUCCGCCCACUACGGUAAGCAGGAGGCCAUCAACUCCGCCCACUACGGCGAGGAGGCCAAGAUGACCAAAGUGUCUCCCUCGGUCAGCCCGUCCAGAGACUGGAUCCCCUCGCCCAGCCACGACCCUCAGUGGUACCCCAGUGACUCCUCUGACUCCACCCUGGGAUGUCUUCUCUCCAGCAUGGGCCGACGUACUCCUCGCACUUUGUUCACUCCCAGCCUGCUGGACUGCAACUCCCAUGAUUCCUUUCACUCCCGAGGCCUUCCUGACGUGGGCGAGGUGGACUCCCAGCUGGCCUGCAUGAUGAGUGAGAGCAGUGUGGACUACAUCGCUCGCUUCAACGACCUGGCUCAGGAGCUGGCUGUCAGCGAGCCCUCCAUGGUGCCUCAGGAGCUGGCUGUCAGCGAGCCCUCCUUGGCGCCUCAAGAGCUGGCUGUCAGCGAGCCCUCCAUGGCGCCUCAAGAGCUGGCUGUCAGCGAGCCCUCCAUGGCGCCUCAAGAGCUGGCUGUCAGCGAGCCCUCCAUGGCGCCCCCCUGAGGACUGCAAGAAGAAGAAGAAGAAGAAGGUGAAUAAAGCCAUCACAGCAGGGGUCCACACUGACCUUUUUCAUAGUUUUCAUUCUCAAAACCAUUUUUUUGGACAUGAGGGGUGAAAAGGCUGUGAGUCAGAAGUCAAAUUGUUGUCAGCUCUCUUCUCGUCAAUUUUGAAUGGCAAAUAUUUCACAUUGACAUUGAUUUUAAAAUCAAUAUUAUUUUAUGAGCGAUGACAUUUUUUAUUUUUUUUUACUUUUAAAAUCCAAAAGGGUGAUAAAAGUGUUAAAAAUAAGUUAUAAAUGGAAUUGAGAUCUAUCCAUCAAUGAUUUUAAUGAUGGCUUAUUUCAAAUGUGUUUGGUCACAUGAAAGUGUUUUUAAGGCAAAAAUAUGCAAUAUUUUCCCCCAAAAUAUUUCAAAUGUGAAAUAAUUCGAGCCUUGAUUUGAACCAAAGUUGUAAAGAAAAACAACAAAGCAGCUUUGUUUUGUUAGUCAACUUUUCUUCCACUUGCUCAUGUUUUGGUUAUCUGACAAGUCUUGUGGACAACCUGGACUGAAUUUGGAAAAGAACCAAAACUAAACUUGACUUCUUCUUGCAACUUCAACUCUUGGAAAAGUCUUUGAGUGAUUGGAUGUGGCUGUGACUUGACUAGUAACACUAGUUCCGCUGCUCCUGAAGGAUUUCUUCUACAUUUUGUAACAUCUAACUAUUUAUUGCUGAACUAAGUGCUUCUUUAACUUAAAAUGUUCACUUGCUACAAAUGUCUUUUUAUGGCGUGCAUAAAGUUGUCUAGAAAACUUCCUUCUGCUCUUGAGUCAAUCAUUUGUUUACUUUGAAAGCA